AUGGGUUUCUCUGUUUUGCUGUGGGUUCUAGGUUUGCUUCUGAGCUGUAAGUUACAAUGCUUGGUUUGUGAAGUACAAACUUUUUUGGAGGAAUCUUCACAGCUGCGUUGUGGUUUGACCAGCCUCCAAUUUUCUCUUCCUUCACUGGGUAAUGAUAUUGCUUUUUCCCUGAAAGUACUAGAUAACCAAGGAGAGUCUCAUUAUCUACACAAUAGCUCAGAGUGUGGCACCUGGGUUGGACAGGAACCAGAUGGCUCUGUGGUUGUUGGUGCUGCUUAUGAUGGCUGUUAUGUGACGGAGCAGGAAGACACCUAUCUAAUGACAAUUCUUCUGAAAGAAGCCCUACUUGAUGGAGAGAUUCAGCACCAUAAAAAGGAGCUUAAAUGUCCAGUCUUACCAGCUAUGGAUGCUCCCAGCCCAGAUGUUUGUGCUGCCAUUGCCAGAGGGGACAGGGUGUCCUGUGCCAAUGCCCCAGUAUCCAGAGACCUCUGUGAAAGCCUUGGGUGCUGCUUCACUCCUUUGGAUUCUAGUAUUUCCUGUUACUAUGGAAACAAAGUGACUGCACAGUGUACAGCUGAUAACCAGGUUAUAGUUGCCCUCGCUAAGGAUGUGACAGUCCCUCCAUUGAUACUGGACUCUGUAAAUGUGCUGUCUGUGAACACAGCUACUUGCAGUGGGUUGCAAAUCACCAGGAAUAACCUCUUUGUUGUCUUCCAAUUUCCUUUGUCCUGUGGAAGUGGCCAUAUGACAGAUGUUAGUCAGAUUUAUGAAAACGUCUUUGAAGCAACAAGAGAUGUAAGGAACUGGCAAGGGGCAUCAAUCGCUAGAGACAGUACAAUGAAGCUGACUGUUCGCUGCAGCUAUUCCAGAACCAGUGCUGUACUACUAAACGUAGAUGUUGUCACCCUGCCGCCACCACCUCCUGUCUCCACCACUGGACCUCUUUCACUGGAGAUGAGGAUAGCUCAAGAUGCAUCCUAUACCAGAUACUAUGUAGAUGGAGACUACCCUGUUGUAAAGGUUCUGAGAGAUCCAGUCUACCUGGAGGUCAGGAUUCUGAGGCGCACAGACCCUAACCUUGUGCUGAUACUAAAUGAUUGCUGGGCUACCCAAUCUACUAAUUCCUUCCAGCAGCCACAGUGGCCUGUCCUGGAGAAAAGUUGUCCUUUCACUGGAGAUAAUUACCUUACACAGUUGAUUCCAGUUGUUGCAUCACCAACUUACCCAACACAUUACCAACGCUUUUCCAUCAGCACUUUCACAUUUGUGGAUGAAAAGACCCAACUUUCUCUUGGUGGAUUGGUCUACUUCCACUGUAGUGCCUCUGUAUGUGUUCCAUCUAACUUUGAUUCCUGCAGAAGAACUUGUUCUUCAAGAAAGCGGAGAAUGGUACCUGUGGAGGACACCAUGACCAUAGUCACAUCUGAGGGACCCAUUUACUUUGACAGUGCUAGCAUGGUGAAGGCUGAGAUACCAGGUGACAAUGAUUCUGGUUACAAACCUUUAGCCUGGGCCAGAGGCACAGCAAUUGCCGGAGGUGUUCUGUCCAUAAUUUUUGUUAUAGGUGUCUGGAAUUACAAGAGAUUUCACAUAACAAAAAGUCAACAAGUACGACAUUUAAAUUCUUUGAAUUCCAAACAUGACAAAAGCAAUGAAAUGAGUACCUCAUAUUCAGUACAAUUUCUUAUUCAGAAAAAUGAAUAUUCUAGCUCCUUCCAGUAUAUUACUACAAAACACUGGUGUGAUCUCAUGGACACAUUUCAAACAGUAACAAAGGAUGAUGGGAGGGAAGAAAAAGAAAACAGACGUGCACAUGUAGAUAGCCCAGCUAUUGCUGAAACCUUAAGAACAUAUUACCAUGAACUAUACAAUUUAAAAAAUUCCUCACAUUCUUCAAUGGACAGUGAAAGGAGACCUUCUCUAGCCUUGAGUUACUACUUGGACUCAGUCACAUUACCUUCUCUGUCACAAACAGAUGUUGAGGCUUUGGAUGCUCCCAUAUCUUCUGAGGAAGUGUCACAUACCAUAGAAGGACUACCAACUGGGAAGAGUCCGGGUCCCGAUGGCUUUAGUGCCAAGUAUUAUAAGCUUUAUAAACCGAUACUAUCCCCUCAGUUGGCUUGUUUAUUCAAUCUCUAG